UCAUAACCCCUGAUGACGUUUAUGGCGCCAGAAAUCAAGGCUUUAGUAAGGAGCUAGUGUGCGUCAGCUGGUGGAUAUACCGUUUUAUGUAAUGUGUCGGCGGUUCCGUAACCGCCAGUCAUUUUAAUGUAGAUUGACAGUUUAUUGCUCGUCGUUCAUGUCAUUAUAAGGUUGUUUAAGAGCCAAGAUGGUGGUACUACGCAGCAGCGGCAGUGUCGGAGCCGAGCCGGUAGCGACAACACCGACGAGGACGAUUGAGUUGGAUACGAGCUCCGAGUUUCUCUCACUGCUUCCCGCGUCGCAGAGAAAGUCCGCCCGGCUCAGCCGAUCUUCCCGGGCCCCGUACGACAGCUUUAGCAGCCCUGAAAACAACACUGCGAAUGGGGAGGACAGUGGUCUCCACCACUCUCUGAGGACCAGAGGGCAAAAGGUUAAAUUUGAGGUCUCAUUUACGGACUCGCGACCCAAGAACAGCUCCCCUGCUGAUGAGGACAAAGUUGGAGGCUGCUGUACCAGGAAAUCUUCCAGGCUGCAGAGAGAUGGAAAGGCAUCGAAUGGCAAGCAGCAAGCAGAUGUUCCGGAUGAAGUGGAAGGCUCAUCCACUCCCAAGAGGAGCCGCUUUAACCUACGAAGCCCAGAAGUGGAGGAAGAAGAGGAGGAAGACGAGGAUCAUCGCUCAGUGCGUCGCAGCUCUCGAAUCACCAGAUACAAACUGGGUUCCCGCAACCAGUCUGUGCUGUAUGACCGCCUAAUUACUAACACUGCUGAAGCUGUUCUCCAGAAGAUGGACGACAUGCAGAAGAUGAGACGCAGGCUGGGGAACCGAGACCGGGAUAGAGACGCUAAGGAAGAGCUGAGUGUGUACACAAGUGGCAGAAUGAGAAGGUCUCUGAGGAACAAUGUGAAGACUAAAGAAACUGAGAAAGAGAACCAAGGAGGGGAUGAGGAUGAUAAUGAUGAUGAUGAAGAGGAGGAGGAAGAUGGAGAAGAUGACGAGGAGGAAGAAGAAGAUGAUGAGGAUGCUGAAGAUGAGGAAGAAGAAAACCAAAGACGCUAUGACUUAAGACAGCGAAAGACCGUGGUCCGCUAUCAGGCCCCACUAGAUGAACCGAGAGAGACCAGGAAGCGCAGCAUGUACUUCAAGGACCACUCCUCAUCUACCAGGCGCAGGUUCAGAUUCAGCUCCACAGCCCCGAGGAGCCCCUACAACAGGAGGAGAACCAGCAGGAGGAGACAUGCCAUCCACAGCAGCGACUCCACGUCCUCCUCCUCAGACGACGAGCAAUUUCAGAGACGGAGGAGUAAGAACAGGAGCCGGUCAGUCAAUAGAUGUCUACCUAUGAACCUUGUGAAAGAAGACCUGCUGGGGAUCCACAAAGACAGGAUGAAGAUCGGAGCUAGCCUCGCUGAUGUGGACCCCAUGCAGAUUGACAGGACGGUGCGGUUUGACAGCAUCGGAGGUUUGAGCAGACACAUUUCAGCUCUAAAGGAGAUGGUGGUGUUCCCGCUGCUUUACCCAGAGGUGUUUGAGAGGUUCAAGAUACAGCCACCCAGGGGCUGUCUCUUCUAUGGUCCCCCGGGCACCGGUAAAACACUUGUAGCCAGAGCUUUAGCCAGUGAGUGCAGUCAGGGCGACAAAAAGGUUUCGUUCUUCAUGAGGAAAGGAGCUGACUGCCUCAGCAAGUGGGUUGGAGAAUCUGAGAGACAGUUACGUCUCCUGUUUGACCAGGCAUAUCAGAUGCGUCCCUCCAUUAUUUUCUUUGAUGAGAUUGAUGGUUUGGCUCCAGUCAGGUCCAGCCGUCAGGACCAGAUUCACAGCUCCAUUGUGUCGACCCUCCUGGCUCUGAUGGAUGGAUUGGACAGUAGAGGAGAAGUGGUUGUGAUUGGAGCUACGAACAGGCUGGACUCCAUCGACCCAGCUCUGAGAAGACCCGGACGCUUUGACAGAGAGUUCCUGUUUGGCCUUCCCGACAGAGAGGCAAGAAAGGAGAUUCUAAAGAUCCAUACCAGACAGUGGACUCCUCCACUCUCUGAGGCUUUUCUGGAGGAACUGGCAGAUAAAUGUGUUGGUUACUGUGGAGCGGACAUCAAGGCGGUCGUUUCAGAGGCAGCCCUGUGCGCACUGCGGCGCCGCUACCCACAGAUCUACUCCUCAUCACAGAAACUUGUACUUGACGUUAACUCCAUUUCCAUCACUAACAAAGAUUUUAUGUCUGCCAUGUCCAAGAUGGUACCUGCUGCCCAGAGAGCGGUAGUGUCACCAGCUAAGGCUCUGGUACCUGCCAUUCGUCCACUGCUGAAUGCAGCCCUGCAGAGCAUCCUCCUCACAGUCAGCAGAGUGUUUCCGCAUGCUGAGAUGGGCUUAAAGAGAAAGAGGGAACAAGAUGUGGCCUUUGCUGUAUCUGAUGAUGAUCUGAUGUUCAGUGAGGAAGAGGACUCUGAGGUCUGCCCCAUUGGACAGACCUCCCAACACAAAACACCUGCCGCUAACGGCCUCCUGAACCUCCACAGGAGCGUGUUGAGCCAGCCCACAUCCUACCGUCCCCGGUUGCUGCUGGAGGGCAGACCAGGUUCAGGCCAGAGCUCUCACCUAGCUCCUGCUGUGCUCCACGCUCUGGAGAAGUUCACGGUGUACACACUGGACAUGGCCAUGCUGUUUGGAGCCAGCGCAACUGCACCAGAAGAGACAUGUGCUCAGAUUUUUGUUGAAGCCAAGAGAACCUCCCCCAGUAUCCUGUACAUCCCUCACAUUGGCCAGUGGUGGGAAACAGUUGGUCCUGCUUUAAGAGCUACUUUCCUGAGUCUCUUGAGCUCCAUCCCGGCCUUCUCUCCUAUCCUUCUGCUCGCUACCUGCAGCCUCCGUUAUGACCAACUCAGUACUGAGGUACAGGAGCUGUUUCGGCUUGAGUACGGAGAGGUUUUCCAAGUUCAGGUCCCCACCAGUAGGGAAAGAAGAGACUUCUUUGAGGAUCUAAUCCUCAACCAGGCUGCUAAGGCCCCUGUCUCAAAAAAGAAAGCUGUGCUUCAUGCAUUGGAAGUGCUGCCAGUCGCCCCUCCACCAGCUCCACGUCAGCUAACACAAGAGGAGACUCAGAGAUUGGAGGAGCAGGAGGAAGACACCCUCAGAGAGCUUCGCCUCUUUUUACGUGAUGUCACCAACCGUCUGUCCCAAGAUAAGCGCUUCAAGGCUUUUACAAAGCCAGUGGAUUUAGAGGAGGUUCCAGAUUAUGCUGAAGUGAUCAAGAAGCCUAUGGACCUGUCAACAGUCCUCUCCAGGAUAGACCUCCAUCAGUACGGAACAGUCAAAGAGUUCCUUCAGGACGUGGAUCUCAUCUGGCAGAAUGCCCUCGAAUACAACCCAGACAGGGAUCCCUCAGAUCGUCAGAUACGGCACAGAGCAUGUGCACUGAAAGACACAGUCCAUGCUAUCAUCAAAGAUGAACUGGAUGAAGAUUUUGAGAAGCUUUGUGAGGAGACCAAGGAGUCACGCAGAGCAAGAGGUUGUUCCACUGCACGAUUUACUCCCUCCUUCUACCACGUCCUUCCCAAACAGUCCAAAUCUCCUGCUGAGGCUAAGAUCACCGACAGCAGCUCACAGCAGCUGGAUGGAUCCACAAUUCCAGCUACUAAUAAUCCAUGUUCCUCUGCUUUUACAACGCCCAAAAAUACAGCCCAGAAGAAGAAACGUCGGAAGAGCCGAUGGUCCACUGGCUACUAUGCAAAGAAGAAGUCCAUUUCUCCUCACGUGUCCAAAAAUGAUGAUCAGCUUGGGUCUGAUGAGGAGGAAGAGGAUGGAGAUGAUGAGGAUGAAGUUGAGAAAGCAGGAGAAGAAUGUGAUGAGGGCGAUGGAGCAGAGGAGGAUCAUACAAUAGCUGAUGCAGAGUCAGAACCUGCAGAAACUCACAUAGAUGGUUUUGGACUUUCUGAGAAAAUGCAAAGCAGUGAGGAGGGGAGAGUGGAGAAGAAAGCAGAUCCUGAAGAUGAGGUCAACUCAUGUGAAAAAGCAAAACUGGAAAAUCACAGCGAGACGCAGAAUGAACAAGAGAAGGUGGACGAUGCUGUUGCACAUCACUUAGAGGAAAACAAGCUGUUAGGACAGGAAGCAGAAGAGAACCACAAACCUCUUUCAGUGAACACUAACAAGCACAGCUACAUUGAGGCUGAAGCAGAUAACCAGCAUCCCCGCGCAGUAGAUGCUCAAACUCUAAACUUGUCAAAAACUCAGACUGAGCCGAGUCGCUGUGUAGGCCAGGAAGAAAACAUCAAGGUAGUUACAGAAGAGGAGGCAGAGCAGAACAUCACUGCUGAACCAAUGGAGGUGGAAGAAUCCUCAACCACAGAUGCCUGCACAGCUGCCAGAGGAGAGGAGGACACAGGCACAGAGCGGAACGUGAGGCGAAUGACUCGGGCUCUGAAAAACGCUGUGCUGCAGCAGCAGAUGAUCAAUGUGGACAAAGCUCUGCAGAUCUUGGAUGAGGAAACCCCUCCUGUAGUUGUGGACAAAGACAAAUUAAAGGUGCUGUUGGAGCAGGUGGUAACUAAAACAGAAUGCUAUGAGGUGUAUAAGCUGGAGAAACUGUAUGCUCUGCUCUGCCAGAGCAUCUAUAGACACAGACGAGACUACAACAAAACUGCACUAAUACAGGAGAUGGAGCAAGAAAUUGAAGACUUCUGUUGACAUGUCCACAUGAACAGCAAUGUCAUUUUUAAUAGUUAUUCCCAUCCUUCCAUAUGUGUAAAUAGAAACAAAUUGGUUCUAUUUUCAUAGAAAUCCACAGGCACCUAUAUUGCAUUAGCUAAUACUUUGUACUACUUCUCAUGUUUAUAUUUAAUUAAAUGGGUUUCCUCUAA